UUCAAUGAAGUAUCCCUCAAGGAAACAUGGCGGUUGAUGGCGAAUUCCUGCGAAGUGAACGAGAGACAUUUCGCAAUUGUUGUUUUAAACUGAGUACAUUUGUGUAUAAAGACGACGACAGCACUCGGACAAAUUUAAAUUUAUUAUUGGAUGAGCUUACAGCUGCCGAAAACUCACAGAGGAGUGUAUCAGAAGAAGAUGGCAAUGAGUUGCUUCUGAAACUAUCAUCCUUGGUUCCAUUCCACCAGGAAAGACUUAUUGCCAAAGUUUGCCAGACCAUAACCAACUUCAAACUCAGACACCAGCACUCGGUUAGUGAGCGAUGUCUGGAUGCCCUGCUCGACUUCUGUAUCAAGGCCCUGAAGUGCUGCCAGCCUUGGUCUCACCCCGACAUCCUCCAGGCACUCAGCGCCUCCCUCCAUGACAACUGUAACAGGGUCGGAAAGUACCAUGAGUUGUUGCUAGGCAAGCAGGGUAUCUUGGUCCAGUUGACAGAUGAUGGGGUUACGGACGAGGAUGUCCUGACAGGGGGUGUACAGUGCCUUGAAAACCUCACUGCCAAAGUGCCCGGUCAGAACGGGCUGAGUGAUGCACACAGUCAGCUUAUCUUCUCCAUCUUCCUGCGCCUCCUCCACACUGUUCCCACGCAGAAGAUCGACCUCAUCGUGCAGUGCAAGAUCCUGAUUUGUGCUCUGCGUGGCAUCCAGAAUCUCCUCCUCACAACCAAGUUGAUGCCCACCGACAAUCUCGGACCACUGUUGGCCGGAAUCAGGGCCUACAUGUUCCACGGUUUGUCCAGCAAUCAACUGUCCCCCAUACCCCCCAGUUUGUACCCGACCCCCAUGGUGCAGUACGACCUUGGAUCAGCGUCGCCAAAAUCCGAUACAAAAGAGGAAACGAAAGACGCUCCAGCUAAAUCAGCUAAGAAAUCACGACGAAAGAAGGCUUCAAAGAAAGAGACUGACAAGGAGAAAGAUUCUGAGGUUCCGAGCGCCAACUCUCCAGUGAAGACGGAAACAGAGACUGCAGAUACUACAGCAUCAGCAGCAAUUUCCGCUGAGGAUGCGGCCGCGACCUUUCAGACACCUUGGAUGAAAGUGUUAAGUUCGGAUUCUGAGUAUUCUGACACAGAAGGGGGUCAAGCUUCAAGAGUGAGGUCGAUGUGUACCAAAGUGAGGCAGACGGCCUUCAGCUGUUUCCAUGCUUUAGCCAAGAAUUUAGACAAGAAAAUAAUUUUUGGUUACUGGUCGUCCUUCAUCCCUGACACAGCAGGGGCAGGUAACUCCCCCCAGAACCAGACUCUCUUCACUUCCAUCCUCAAAGACCCAUCACCCAUGUGCCGGAUGGGGGCGCUGUCGGCUCUGACUGCCCUGGUAGACAGAACAAGAGCCUUCCUGGCCCAGGCUGAGGAGAAUUACCAAGUGAGAACAGCGUUUGUGCCAUUCUCUGCUGUCCUCGGCUCCAUGAUUAAGGAACUGCACAGAUGUCUCCUGCUGGCCUUGGUUGCCGAGAACUUCCCCCUGGCUCUCACUCAACUCAUCAAGUGUCUGGGCACACUGGUGAUGAAUGUUCCCUACCACCGUCUUCAUCCCGGCCUGUUGACGAGAGUCAUCAAACAGAUACGUCAUUUCCUCAACCAUAGAGACCCGAAUGUACGAGUGGCCUGCCUGACCUGCCUGGGCUCUGUGGUCAGUAUCCAGCCCCCCCUGAUGGAGGUGUGUCACAUCGUCCAGCCAUCCACCCCACCGGUCAGCACCAGGAUAUACCCCACAGACUCUGCCCAGUCCCAGAAACCAGACGACAAAGCAGCCAGUUCCGAUUCCGGUUUCAGUAGUUUCUCCGCAACCGAUGCAGCCAAUCCCAUCGUGGGUCAGAGUUCAGGUCAAAGUUCAGGUCUGAACACCCCGGCCUUAGCUGCGACACCUGGUAUCCAGACACCAGUAUUUUCAGAUCAGACGCUGCAGGCCUUUGCGAAUGACACGUCAUGGAUCAUCAAGCUGUGCAUCCGCAACGUGAUGCCGCAGCCCCAGGGAGAAAGCUCCAGCAACUGGAGGGAGACCAGCAUGUUCUUUGAGCCACUGCCUGUUCGACUGGAGUCUCUACAGGUCCUGGCCAACCUCACCAAUGGAUACUUUCCUAUAAUCAGGAAGAGUGUGGCUCUCCUUCAAGACCUCAUCCAGGCCUGCUUCGAGGACAAAGACCCCAUAGUUAAACUCCACGGAACAAAGUUGCUGGACGAGCUGACCCAGGCCAUGCUACAGGACAUCCAGAAGCAGGCUCAGGACUCCACAGCAGCGUCCACCAUCACCCUGCAGCAGGUCCAGGAGUUCUGGGAGUGCCUGCUGAGCGGCCCGCUGCCGACGAUGCUGCAGCUGGAGAGGAACAACCAGGUCCGCGCCAACGCCUGUGACUGCAUCUCCAACAUCGGACCGGAGGUCCUCUCCCACCUGCCGGUGGACCGCCGUGUACUGUGUAUAACUCUUAUCCUCGGGUUAACUUGUGAAGAAGACAAACUGGUCAAGUCAGCCGCUGUCAGGGCUCUCGGAGUCUAUGUGCUCUUUCCCUGUCUGAGGGAGGAUGUGUCCUUCAUUGCCGAUGCUGCGAAUGCCAUCCUGACAGCUAUGGAGGACUGGAGUGUCAACGUCCGGAUGAAGGCUGCCUGGUCCAUGGCCAACAUGUGUGAUGCCCUCGCUCUCAACAGGGAAAGUGGUGACCUGGAGUUUGUAGAUGAGUUCUCCGACAUGCUGCUGCUCAAGCUCCUCACAGUGGCGACCAAGUCAUCUCAGGACACCGACAAAGUCAAGUCAAACGCUGUCCGUGCAGUCGGCAACCUGCUGCGAUAUCUCACAGAGAGAAGUCUAGGUAAAAGUAACUUUGUGAGUGCAGUUGGAGAGAGUGUGAAGGCCCUUGUGAAGAACAUCCUGUCCGGGACAAUGAAGGUGAGGUGGAACGCCUGCUAUGCUAUCAGCAACAUGUUCAAGAACAAUCUCCUCCCCCAUGGCAAGGCUGAGUGGACAAUCGAAGUGAUGAAUGCACUCUCCUCGGUGGUGAAAGACUGCAAGAACUUCAAGGUCCGCAUCAAUGGUGCCCUGGCUCUGUCGGUCCCAAGGGAGAGGAACGCGUACGGCUCGUCUGAACUGUACGCCUCGGUGUGGGAGAGCCUCAUUGAGGCGCUCAGAUCAUCAGAGGACAUCUCCGACUUUGCUGAGUUCCGCUACAGGGACAAUCUGACCGAUCAGAUCAUAGAGGCCAUCUUCCACAUGUUGCACCUGCUGUGCCCCGAGGACCUUCCGGCGCUGCUGCCAUGUCUGCAGACCAAGGGCUUCAUCCUACAAGCCUUCAUGGAGAAACUCCGAUCAUCCAACGCCCAGUUCCUGAAGGGUCCGACACUGCAGACAGCGAGGAAGCAGGUGGAGAAGGUGGGGCUGUGUCUGUCCACUGGAGACGAUCUGGUUGCCAUGCAGCUGCUCACAGAGAUCUGCCUCAUACAUGCAGACACUGAUGAGGAACAAGAAAACAGACCAGCAGAAAAAUCAGCUUUCAUGCAAAUCUAUGACUAAUGGAGAGAUGAUACUCUUGAUGAUGGGCAUGGAAACAGAAAGAUGUUCACAAGACAUCAAACCCUGUCUACUGAAGUCACAAUUACUUCGAAUCACGUCAUGUUGACUUGGAUGAUGUAGAUCUGAAUUCUGAGGUCUGGCUUAGUAAUUAUUGACUGCUUCUGAGAAUCAUGGGUUCUGCAGCCUACAGAAACUAGCCGUACAUUCUUUACUUGACUACCUGGUCGUCACUGAUAGAUUCCAAUUUCAUUAAAAAAAACCAUAAAUUAUUUUGAAUACACAAGAGCCACGAUUUCAAUAAAACCUGUAUGUGUCAUGAAGACAUCCAGUCCUUUACAGCUCACUGAUAGGUUCACCAUAUUGGUCAUGUGGUCAAGUUGCCCAACCUGAUCAGGUCUGUGGUUCAAAUCCCAUCACAGAACUCGGAAAAUGAUACUGCAUGAUACACACAUAUUAAGGUAACAUGUAAAAUAGUAUAUACAUUAUUUGUAAAAUCAUAUAUUCCGCUGAUACAUAAAAGUGGUCUCAAGGCACUGGUGUAUGAUUUAACCCAAAUGCAUUACAUUUGAUUGAGCUUUCUUUGAUUCCCAUGUUGAUGGAAUACAACUCAAGACAAGACUUGUGUCAAUAUGCAUGUAUCACAUUGUGUCUCAAGACACGAUUUAAGGAAUUUGAUUUAACUUGUACCAGAUUGCAUCAGACAAAACCAGGUUGCAUCCUGGUCCUAUACAUUGAAACAUGGCCUGCUGCCAGUGUCACGUGGAUUAAAGACGCAUUUCUAUAAUAUGUCAUAGGAACAUGUGCACAUAAUCUUAAUGUACCCACAGUUUGAUGACAUCACGCCUAAGAAAUUACACAUGACUGACUGAGUAUGAUUUUACGUCGCUUUUAGCAAUAUUCCAGCAAUAUCACGGCAGGAGACACCAGAAAUGGGCUUCACACAUUGUACCCAUGUCGGGAAUCGAACCCGGGUCUUCGGCGUGACGAGCGAACGCUUUAACCACUAGGCUACACAAUUUGAAGUAUGUAGACCUAAGUAUCAGGUUACAUUUUUCAGUUAUAGGUUGCACUAGUGCAUGUUUGAUAUCGCUAAAUUGAGCCCUUUGUAUCAUAUCAGAACCUUACUAUCAAGAUAUGUAUGGCAUCAUAACAACUGCAGAACCAUAUACAGUGAAAGCUUGUCAACAUUGGACCAGGAUUAUGUAGGGACCAUAACGUUAUGUUAUUAAGCCACAGUGGACAGGGGUGGUACUGUUCCUUGUGAUAUCUAAAGUUCCCUGGGUAUGUAAUAUUAUGCCUUUAGUUUUAUAUCUUAUCAUUCCCAGUAGGUGUCAGUGGAAGCAGGGUGUCGUUGUACGAGACGCCACUACCAACAAAACCAGGCUAAUAGAUGUAAAAAACAAAUGGUAGUGAUGAAAGAACUUAUUGAGAUGGUAUUUAUGCUGUUAUUAUCAUCUUGAUAGUCUUUUUAAAAUAUUUUAUUAUGUCAUUGGUACAUCAUUGCUGUACAUGCUGUAUGCUAAUUGAAAAGGAAUAGUUCUCCGAAGGGUUUUGCUGUUUGCUACCGGUUGUCGUCGUCACAUUCUCUUCUUCACUCGUCAUAAGGGUUUCCAUCUUUGUUAUUUUCAUUAGCGACGUCUCCUGACGUUAAGUUUUUACUCUUAACAGAUAUCGUUGCACUGUUUCAUCAAACCAUUUUGAUGACUACACUAUUGUCACAGUUGAUUCUGAGCCAGGAAGUCACUGGCCUUUCUGAAUUUAAAGAAAUAAAUUUAUAGAAUAGUUUAUCAACCAUAACAUGGUUUAAGUCUGAGAAAUCACUCGAUUUUGUGGAUUCGGGAAGUAGAAUCAACAGAUUCUCAUGAUUUCUCCAUUACGGAACAUACCAUGGUGAAGUAAUCACCGAAAUAUACUCUUCAUUACGUUGUCAAUAUGUAACAUUUUUCACGUACAUGUAUUAUCAAAUCUACCAGUGAUUGAAAUUAAGAAUGAAAGUGAAGGGGAAAGUUAAGGAUGGGCCAUACCGCACUAGAGACACAAACAACCAACCUCAUGGACCCCUUAUUUACUGACCCCACUAAAGAUAUUAGUGAGUUGGGUUUAACUCUACUUUGAACAGUAUUCCACUUCUAUCAUGGUGUGUCAGCUUAAUGUAUGAGGAAAAUGAUGCAGGUCUCAAAUGUUUCCUACUUUAGUGAAACCUGCGAGCAAGGUUAUGGUGGUGACAAACAUAGAAAGUAUUGGGGCGAACCGGGAUUCAAACCCAUGAUCAUAGGAGUCUGACAUGCCAAAGGGAUGCAACUCUGCAGGGAGAUUUGCAACACCUAAGAUGACAGGGCCACCGAUGCCCCACUGAUAGUAAAAGGCAAGACAUUCACUUUAUUAUUAUCCCCCGCCCAACAAAGUUGGCAGGGGGUAUAGAAACGGGCUCCGUCCGUC